AUGGCGGUGACUGUAAUGCUAAUGUGGAAAGCGGUAGAUAUUAAGAUCAAGGAGUUUUGGGAUUAUAUAACCAGCACCCACUUCUGGGGUCCUCUGGCCAACUGGGGCCUUCCGCUGGCCGCCUUUAAGGAUAUGAAGGCGCCUCCCGACAUAAUCAGUGGCCUCAUGACGACGGCCCUCAUCUUCUAUUCUAUGGCUUUCAUGCGCUUUGCCUACCAUAUCCAGCCUCAAAACUACCUGCUGAUGGUGUGCCAUUUCUCCAACGUGUUGGCGCAGAGCAUCCAGGCAAGCCGAUACCUGAACCACCACUACAGUGUAGGAGCCAAGGCCAAAGCCGCCAGCCCUCUGGCCAAAUAA